CGGUUCAUGGGAAUUUGUAUAGGCUUACGAGGCAGCGCUUUCCUGUAAGCUCGAUCCGAGGAAGUAGAGAAGAUGGCGGCCGUUUCUACCGCUGUCAAAAACGAUGGUGUCCUUAUCGGCGACAAGUUAUAUUCGGGGGUGAUGAUUACGCUAGAUAACUGCUUGAUGCCCGAAGAAAAAUGCGCUAUCACACCUUCUGUUAUAGAUGGGCUAGAUUUAGAAACCGAGACGGACCUGCGCUUUGUGGGGUGCGAGCUCAUACAAUCAGCUGGCAUUUUGCUGCGACUUCCGCAGGUGGCUAUGGCAACAGGACAGGUUUUAUUUCAGCGAUUCUUCUACGCAAAGUCAUUUGUAAAGCAUUCUAUGGAGCAUGUUUCAAUGGCCUGUGUCCAUCUGGCAUCCAAGAUUGAAGAGGCACCAAGGCGAAUAAGAGAUGUGAUCAAUGUGUUUCAUCAUCUUCGACAGUUAAGAGAGAAAAGGAAGCCUGCACCUUUGAUAUUGGAUCAUGAUUAUGUUAAUUUAAAAAACCAGGUCAUAAAAGCUGAAAGAAGGGUAUUGAAAGAAUUGGGCUUUUGUGUGCAUGUGAAACAUCCUCAUAAGAUUAUCGUAAUGUACCUCCAGGUGCUAGAAUGUGAACGUAACAAACAUCUGGUCCAGACAUCAUGGAAUUACAUGAAUGACAGUCUGCGCACAGAUGUCUUUGUGAGGUUCAAUCCAGAAACAAUUGCAUGUGCCUGUAUCUACCUAGCUGCCAGAAUAUUAGAGAUAUCCUUACCAAAUCGUCCUCACUGGUUUCUUCUUUUUGGAGCAUCCGAAGAAGAUAUCAAAGAAAUCUGCUAUCAAAUUUUAAGGCUUUACAUUCGCAAAAAGGAAGAAUUAUCUGUCCUAGAAAGUAAAGUUGAGAAAAGAAAACUUUCUAUUGAAGAAGCUAAGGCAAAGGCGAAAGGAUUACUUCCUGAUGGAACCCCUCGUUUAGAAAAUGGUCCUGAAUUUUCACCAAGCUUGAAAAAUGAAUCUCCAAAAGAUGUGAAAGCAAACAAGCAAUCACCCCUUUCUGUGCAUAUGCUGAAAAAUGCCAAAAGAAAAGCUGAUGGUGCAAAGAGACACCUUUCUUCUAGUCCUGUUAAUGGCAGAAUUUCAAAAGGAAGGGAAAGCCACAGUGGCAGUGGAAGCCGAGGUCGGAGCUAUUCACGGUCUAGGUCCCGGACUCCAAAAAGAAAAAGUGAAAGCUAUUCUCCAUCUAGUGGCUCAAAAUCUCGCAGCCAUUCCAGGAGCCGCAGUGAUUCUCCUCCUCACAAAGUGCACCACGGCUCUUACAAAAGCUCAAAAACAAAGUAUGGAAAGAGUAAUGACUAUAAGUACUCCGCACAUAAGCAUAGAUCGCGUAGCAAAAGUUCUUCCCCUUCCCAGAGCCAUUCCCGGGAAAGUCCUGAUUCUGGGAAAUACAAGAAGAAAAGACACUACUACAGAGAACAUAGGAGAGAUCAUUCUGCUGGGUCUUAUGAAAGAGCAAGCCACCGAGGCUAUGAGAGGGACUAUCCUGGGCACAGCCGCAGAAGGAGAUGAGUCUUUAACUGGGCAUUCUUCUGGAUUUUCUACUGAACUUUCAAACAGGAUCUCAAAGCUGUUUUAGUGCCAUUUUAAUGACGUAAGGAAGAUGUAUUUAGAGUUGUCAUUUCAGCCACUGGUUAUUUAAAUUUGGUGCUAAUUAACUUAUUCACUACACCAUAUUGAAUUGUCUAGUUUGAAACAUUUUGACCCAUUACUAUUUAAUUGCUGCUGGCUAAUGCUGCACUGUAUAGACAUGGGUUCUUAAGCAUCACAGCUUAGAAUGUCAGUUUAAGCAUUAUAUUAAGAUGUUGGAGGAGAAUUCAUUGCAUCAAGGCUGUUUCAAUUUAGCACCAGCUCUUCCAAUACAUUAUUGAAACUUUUUUUUUUUUUUGUGAUGUAUGCCUAUAUUAGGUCAUACCUUCGUGUUGUGUUUUUUUGUUUUUUUUUUCUUUCCAAGGGAACAUGGUCCUAAACUUUAGUUAACACUGUAUAUAAUGAUUGUUGCAUAUAUUUCUGCAAUUAUGCUUUGUGCAAGAAAGUCUGAAAAUAUGUACGUGGACCUCCUUUAAAGUAGAUUUUUAUAUAACUAGAUGCUGCGUGCAGGUCACCAGCAAACACAAGAUUUUGUAUUGUUUCAUGUCUGUCAAGAUAUUCAAUUCUACUCAGGAUAUUUGGCUUAAAAUUACUUAAGUUUAUCAUUGCUCUGUCACAUUUGUAUAAAAACCAUCCACAGCUAGGUUGUAUCAGUUUUAUUGAUAUGCAAGCUGUUUAUAUUAAAGUAUUGUUUUUGUAACUUAA